AUGGCUACUACACAAAGCCCCCUGACGCUCUCGAGCGCCACCUUCGCCAAACUCUCCCCACACCCUUACCUCCUCGCCAACCUUCAGCCCCCGGACGCAUCCACGCCCUCCUCGCGCACCAACGGCCGGCAGCCGCGCCAGGCCCGCCAGCCCAACAUCAACACUUCCUCACUCUCGCACGCACACGGCAGCGCGGUAGUCCGGACAGGCGACACGACGGUUAUUUGCGGCGUACGCGGCGAGACGCUGCUCACAACCGAUAUACCCAACUACCGCGCGCCAGAUGUCGUCAACCCUACCAAAUCCGACGCCGUGGCAGAAGCAGACGAGCUGCGGGACUACGACCUCCUGGUGCCGAACAUCGAGCUCGCCACGGGAUGCGCGCCGAACUUCCUGCCCGGCGUGCCGCCCACGACGCUUGCGCAGACGCUGAGCACGCGCCUGUACUCGCUGCUGCACAGCUCGGGGCUUGUCGACGUGGAGGAUCUGCGCAUAUACCACGAUCGGCCGGAGAAGCAAGUCCCACGGCAUGGCGACAAGAUGGAGGAAGUUGAUGCCGACGAAGAGGAGGAAGACACGGCCGAGGUCAAGGCCUACUGGGUGCUCUACAUCGACGUGCUCUUCGUUUCCUUCGACGGCAACCCCUUCGACGCCGCCUGGGCCGCCGUGCUCGCCGCGCUGCGCGACACAAAACUUCCCCCCGCGGUUUGGGAUCCGGACCACGAGAUGGUGCUCUGUUCGCGGAAGGCGCCCUCCUCGCUGAAUAUAAGGGGUAUGCCCGUCGCAUGCACGGCGGCCGUGUUCACCGCCAAGGAGAAGCAGCAACGCAAAGGGGAGCAAGGUCAAUAUUGGAUUCUGGUGGACCCGGAUCGGUUCGAGGAGAGCCUCUGCGACGAGGCGCUGACGGUGGUGGUGGAUCGGACGCUGGGCGAGACGAAGGUACUGGGCAUCUCGAAGAGCGGAGGCACGACGGUUGGGCCGCAGCUGAUGUGGAAGUAUGUCACGGUGGCUGAGGAGAGAUGGCAGGAGUUCAAAAGUGCCCUAUGA